AUGCUUUUUUUUUCAUAUGUAGAGAGAAGGAAUUCUGCCCCAGCUUUUGUUUCGAGCUGCAGUAACACACGCAAUGGUCAGCAUGACAAGCUCACACACCAUGCAGUAUAUCGGACUUCUGCUACUGGCCGCAAUUCUCCUGCAAACAAUAGCCGUGGCCGUAACGUUCAUAUACUUCAGCAACGUCUUAUCGACGAUGAAAGAAACCUUCUCCAAGAGUAGCGUGUCGUGUUUGAUGCGGGCCAACCUCAGAACGAUAAAGGGUCAGGAAUUAAACGCGGCGGAAGGAAAGGACGACCCCUGCUGGCAGGUCACGCAACAGCUCCACUUUCUGAUUGAAAAGUCGAUGUCCAGUCGUUACCAGAAAGAAAUCUCAUCUGCCGUCAAAGAUGAAGUCUCACGUGUGCUUCCCUCAUUGGUGAUCCAAGAUCAGGACGAUUCCCCUCGGCCCAAGAUUGCAGCACAUGUGACUGGAAGCUAUAUACCAGAAAAAGACGGAGGAGGUCAACCGAACAGGAAGGUCUACGGCCAAAAGAUUCAGUCGUGGGAGUCCGAAAAGGGUCUGGCGUUCCUCCAGAACGUGGAGUUAAGUGACGGAGAGUUGGUGGUACCGCAGGCCGGGCUUUAUUACAUCUACUCCCAAACGUAUUUCCGACACACGCUCAUCGAGGAAGACGAAAGCGAGCGUGAGGAAGAGGACGGGACGUCGGGCGAAUCGGUUCGGGGGAAACCCAUGUUGCAGUAUGUCUAUAAAAAAGUCAGUUCGUAUCCAGUGCCGAUUUUGCUAAUGAAAAACGCCCGGACGACCUGCUGGUCACGUGAUACAGAAUACGGCUUGUAUUCUAUCUACCAAGCUGGGCUUUUUCAGCUCGGAGGAGGCGACAGAGUGUUUGUGACGGUCAGCAACAUAAGCACUAUCGACAUGGAUGAGAAGUCAAGCUUCUUCGGUGCGUUUUUGGUCAGCUAGUGAAGCACAGCCAGAAACUAGGUUUGUUUUGAGCUCCAAGAUGAGCGGCAAGACUCGUCUUGCUCGGUAUUUCUACCUGAGCUUUUUUUGAACGGCCGCCAAGCGCCUUAAAACAUUUGGAUGCGAUGCUCCGUCUCUCUUGCCAGAACAGUUAACCUUGAUUGAUGAGAGCCUAAGAAAGGUGCAAACAUUUGGCGCUUUUUUUACAUUCGGUCUGCGGAUCCGAUCGUAAAUCGUAAAGGUUCUUUGGUGAAAUGUGUUGGAGCUCAAACCCACCACGUCUGCCUGGAGGGGCGACGGAAAGCGAGGGGCUUGCCAGGACGUUUUGGAAGCGAGUUGUUUGGACACGACGCGUCUGUCCGGGCAGGAAAAAAGGGAAGGUGUGAGCUUAAGCAAGACUUUGACUCCUGCGGAAGAGCUGCAGGCUUUUUCCUGUGUGCUUCUGUCCUUUUUGCACCUGUGAUUGUAUUGCCGUUUUCAUGUUUUUAAAGACAAACUACGUAAUGGGAUGUUGAAAUGC